AUGGCUGGACUGCUGAGAAAGUUGAGGUCUACUGUGCCUGCAAUUCCAGACAAUGAUGAUGACGAAAACUUCAACAUAACCGAUUACUCAAUUGCGAGAAAUGUGAAGAAAGGGGUGUGCUAUCGAUGCCUUAAGGGAAAUCGUUUCACCGAGAAGGAGGUUUGCAUUGUUUGUGGGGCUAAGCAUUGUUAUAAUUGCGUGCUGAGAGCAAUGGGGUCGAUGCCAGAAGGGAGAAAGUGUGUUACUUGCAUUGGUUUUAGAAUCAAUGAGAAGAGGCGAGGGACGCUGGGGAUGUGUUCUAGGCUGCUCAAGCGGCUGCUCAAUGAUUUGGAAGUUAAACGGGUAAUGAAAGCUGAGGUUUUGUGUGAAGUGAAUCAGGUACCGCCAGCGCUUGUUUUUGUGAACGAUGAACCUCUUAGCAUAGAAGGGCUCGUUCAAUUGCAGAACUGCAAACACCCACCAAAAAAUUUACGACCAGGACGCUAUUGGUAUGAUAAAGUAUCUGGUUUCUGGGGAAAGGAAGGACAAAAGCCUUCCCAGAUUAUUAGCCCUGAGCUAAAAGUUGGGGGCAACAUCAACCGAAAAGCUAGCAACGGAAACACAAAUGUAUUGAUAAACAGUAGGGAGAUUACUAAAGAAGAGCUCUGGAUGCUGAAGGUAGCUGGGGUGACAUGUGAAGGACAGCCUCACUUUUGGGUGAGUGCUAACGGGGAAUACCAGGAAGAGGGGCAGAAUCCUCUAGUGGGUAGAAGUAAAAUAUGGGACAAGACUAGAACAAAGAUGGUUUGUGCGGUCUUGUCUCUGCCAGUUCCUCCUGCAGGCGCAGUGAGAGGGAGCCAGAACCGGAGGCAGCAUAGCCAUCAAAGCUAA